CGUGGUGUAGAGCUGCUGCCACUGCUCUUGCUGUGCUGCCUGUGAAAUACCUAAGUCUGCGUGGUGCUGAGGGGGCCUGGAGCAGGGGUCGCUGCUAAUCACAGAGCAGAGCAGAGGGAGAGGAGAUCCAGUAGUGGCUGAGAGAGAGAUAGAGAGAGAAGAUAGAAGCAGGGAAGGGAGUGGAGCAUGAGAGCUGAGCUGUGAACAUACUGGAGAACAUAAAUCUUGUUGACGUUUUUAGACGGUAGUUGGAGCAUCAGGACAGGAUGGCUGUCCUGCAUCUGUGCAGUCUGCUGCUGCUGCUCAUGGCUCCUGUUCAUGGCCAAUGGUGGGGUGUGUUCUGGGGGAAAGCACAGGACAUGACCACACAGGCCCCGACCACCGAGGUCCCCACCACCACCACCAAGGUAUUUUGGACAAUGGAAGGGACAGAGGUGGGCACCCAGACGGAGGUGUACACUACUGCACCUGUUCAGAGUACACUUCUACAGAGCACACAGGAGCCUGCAGGUGCUGGAACAACAGAGAUCAAGCCCAAGGCUAAGAAAAUACCUCUGAAAAUGUGGAAGAGUCGUGAGCAUGGCUCUAAAGGCCACCUAGACCUGACUGAGUUGAUUGGGGUGCCGCUCCCUCCCUCUGUCACCUAUAUCACCGGCUAUGAGGGCUUCCGGCCGGCCUACAACUUCGGGCCCGGCGCCAACAUCGGACGCCUCACCAAGACCUUCAUGCCCGACCCUUUCUUCAAGGACUUUGCCAUCAUCGUCACCAUUAGGCCCAGCAGCAACCAGGGAGGGGUGCUGUUCGCCAUCACUGAUGCCCAGCAGAGGGUGGUGCAGCUGGGGCUGGCGCUGACAGCCGUGGAGGAUCAGACUCAGAGUAUUCAGCUGUACUACACCGAGGGGGGCCAGGGGUCCUCACACAGCCAGCAGGUGGUGUCUUUCAAGGUGCCUGAUAUGACCAAAAAGUGGACAAUAUUCACUCUGUCGGUGCAGGACCAGGAGGUGCGCCUCUAUAUGGACUGUGAUGACUUCCAAGCAGAGACCUUCCACAGGAGCAGCCACCAGCUCAGCUUUGAGCCCAGCUCAGGCAUCUUUGUGGGCAACGCUGGAGGGACUGGGCUGGAGAGGUUUGUGGGCUCUAUCCAGCAGCUGGUGAUCAAAUCAGACCCCAGGGCUGCAGAGGAGCAGUGUGAGGAAGAUUAUCCCGAUGCUUCUGGGGAUGGGAGUGGGGACGAAACGAUGGACGACCGUGAAACAGAGGAUGAGCUGAUGAACAUGGAACGAAGAAAGGAAACAGCACGGCCAGAGGAUAUGCUGAGCGGGCCGGUGCGAGCCCCGCCCACAGAGUCUCCGGAGGUGGAGCUAGAUGAGUACUCAGGUCACCUGACUCCCACAGAGGAGGCCCAUCAGGAGAUGCUGCUCAGAGGUGGGGAAGGACCCAACCAGACAGAGGAGCCAGAGAGGUCAGGGGAUGGUGGGCCUCUUAGCCACAGACAGAAAGGAGAGCGAGGAGAGCCUGGGCCUAUGGGUCCUGCUGGUCCCCGUGGCCCCCCUGGCCCCUCCACUCCCUCUGAGGGUAGGAGGUCUGGGCACAGCCAGCCAGGACCCAGGGGCCCUCAGGGGCCUUCAGGACCAACAGGGGCCCCUGGGGUGCCAGGGAAGGAUGGACAGCCAGGAAGCAAGGGUGAAGAUGGAGAUCCAGGACAGAGAGGACCUCAAGGUUUCCCAGGUUUGGCAGGGGAGGUUGGAGUCAAAGGAGACAAGGGGGACCCAGGAGCAGGCCUACCAGGGCCUCCAGGCCCCCCUGGACCUCCCGGACCCCUCAGAUCACACAGCGUACCGUACGGAGAGGAUGCACUCAGCUCUGGCUUUGGGGACCUUGAUGAUACAGAAUUGAUCAGAGGUCCUCCUGGCCCUCCAGGUCAACCUGGCCCCCCUGGACCCACCAGCCCCUUCAACGCCUCUGAAGGCCUGUUCCCUGGACAACCAGGUCCUCCUGGCAGAUAUGGCCUUGUUGGGAAACCUGGACCUCCGGUGAUUGAGGAUUGGUUUAGUGGUUCUGACUUGGGCUCUGGGUUUGGCUCAGGGUUGUUCGGCUCUGGGCUUGGUUCUGGCGAGGGUCAACCUGGUCUGGAUGGGGAUGUUGGGCCGACAGGGCCUAAAGGUCUGAAAGGUGAACAAGGACCAGUUGGACCAAAUGGACCAAAGGGUGAAUCAGGUGACCCAGGGUUGGCAGGAGCUACAGGACCGAGGGGACCAGAGGGGAAGAGGGGCGACCCUGGCCCUCGGGGGCUGCCUGGCCCCCCCGGACCCCCAGGAGCAGGAUUGUUUGUUGAGGACAUGGAAGGGUCUGGGAAGCAUGACAUGCUCCUUGGCGCAGGACUCAAAGGCCCUCAGGGACCUCCAGGUCUUCCUGGCCCUGCAGGACCAAAGGGUGAAGAUGGGAAGGAUGGGGCUCCUGGGUUGUCAGUGAAGGGUGAGCCUGGUGCUCCUGGCCCUGAGGGACUCCAAGGACUAGCUGGACUUCCUGGCGCCAGGGGAUUGAAAGGAGACAAAGGCGAUCCAGGACCAAAGGGAGAGUGUGGUCCUGAUGGACACAAUGUACCUGGUCCUCCUGGUCCUCCUGGCCCUCCAGGACCCAUCAUCAAUCUGCAGGAUCUCCUCCUGAACAACACAGAGGGCAUGUUUAACAUCACUGAGAUCCGUGGGUCCCCUGGCCCAAUGGGCCCUGAAGGAGAGCCUGGCAGAGCAGGAUUCCCUGGCCCAAGAGGACCAAAGGGUGACAUUGGGCUUCCUGGUCUUCACGGUCCACCAGGAAUGAAGGGUGUGAAGGGGGAAUCUGGUGUCACGAUAGCUGCCGACGGCACUGUGUUGACAGGUGUCAGGGGCCCUCAGGGACCAAAAGGAGUCAAGGGUGAGCGUGGGUUCCCUGGAGCUGCUGGUAUCAUGGGACCAAUUGGACCAACUGGACAAAAAGGAGAAUACGGAUUCCCUGGUCGACCGGGACGACCUGGAAUGGCAGGGAAGAAGGGAGACAAGGGAGAUGCCAUUGGUCAACCAGGACUUCCUGGUCCUCCUGGCCCUCCCGGUCCCCCAGGACCAGUAAUAGGACUCAAUGGAGUGAAUGGCAGCAGGGGAUCAUCACAAGGUGGUAGGAGAGGAAACAGAGGUGCUAAAGGGGAAAAGGGAGAGGUUGGACUGCCUGGAACACCUGGAGAACAAGAUGAUGUUCUUCCAGAAGGUUUUGUGGGAGAAAAAGGGGACGUGGGCUAUGAAGGAGAGAAGGGUGAUGCUGGGUUGCCUGGCCCUCCAGGUCUUCCUGGGAGAUCAGGCCUUGUGGGGCCAAAAGGUGAGUCCAUCGUUGGCGCCCCUGGUCAUCCUGGAGCUCCUGGUGAACCAGGGGUUCCUGGCAUUGGACGACCAGGCACUCGGGGGCCCCCUGGCCCUGCCGGACCCCCUGGACCACCCCCUGUCUAUGCCUCAGCUGUGAGUAUUCCUGGCCCACCUGGGCCUCCUGGUCCUCCUGGGAUUACUGGCUAUGAAAACCCGGUGACCACAUACAGGAACACCAUCACUCUGAUGAGGGAGAGCCACCGUGCUGCAGAGGGCUCCAUGGCCUACGUCUCAGACAAGGAAGAACUCUACCUUAGAGCCAGAGAUGGCUGGCGCAAGGUUCAGCUUGGUGAGCUGAUCCCUGUCCCAGCAGAGACCCCAUCCUCUACAUUGUCCCAGGCCCUGAGCAGACCAGGAGAUCGCAGCAGACCCCACAGGCCACACAGCCAGGAACUAGUUGGAACUAGCUACAUGCCCAACUAUAAUGUCCUACCUCAUACAGUACCUUCAGUACCUGGGCUGCACCUGGUGGCCCUAAACACUCCGUUCUCUGGGGACAUGCGUGGCAUCCGGGGGGCAGACUUCCAGUGCUACCAGCAGGCCCGCGCCAUGGGCCUCACCGCUACCUACAGAGCCUUCAUGUCCUCACACCUCCAGGACCUGGCCACCAUCGUCAAGAAGGGAGACCGCUACAGCAUGCCCAUCAUCAACCUCAAGGGAGAGGUGCUCUAUGGCAGCUGGAUGAACAUCUUCUCUGGGAAUGGAGGCGUGUUGGACCCAUCAAUCCCUAUCUACUCCUUUGACGGACGGAAUGUCAUGAUGGACCCCACUUGGCCUCAGAAGCUGGUGUGGCAUGGCUCCAGCACGGUCGGCAUCCGUAUGACCACUAACUACUGCGAGGCGUGGCGGGCGGGUGACAUGGCAGUGACGGGCCAGGCCUCGCUCCUUCAGACGGGCAGACUGCUGGGCCAACACACCCGCAGCUGCUCCAACCACUUCGUAGUGCUAUGUAUCGAGAAUAGCUACAUUGACCACAGAAGGUCUAAUUAACCUCAACACACACAUCUAGUAUACACUCUCUCUCACACACACAACUAUAUCCCAUUAAUGUUUUCAUGAAGAACAUGUAAAACUAAGCUAUUGACGCAUGUACAAGCAAAUACAGUACACACAAACACACACACACACCUCUCAUUGACAGCAAACAGCCAUGUGGACCACACAAUAAAUGAACUCCCUCCACAAACACAAGAGUCUCCUAUUAACAAAGAGCAGCUAUAUGCUGGACCAGAAGAGACACUUUAACACUAUCACAUACUGACCACAGCACUCACCUAUCUACCACAAACAGAUAGAGCAUCUUCAUACUGACCACAGAUGAAACUCCCCCCACUUCAUUCACCUCUCAUUAUUAACCUUCCAUCAACACAGCAUCACUGCAUUGCACUUGUCCCUAAUGUAUGAUUACUGUCCGUUUUAAGAAAGGUGUAAAUAUAAUGUCAAUUCCUCCGGCAAAAGCACCGUAUAACUCCAAUUCACUCUGUGUUUUAAUUGACUGAAGAAGGAAUGCCAAAGAACUUGUGAUCAGCAACCAACCGACUAACACACUGUUUCUGCUGAAGUAGCCUUUUUUUGUUGGUUUACUCAAUUGAGUCUUAUUCUUAAGUGCCUAGUAGAGUAGUUUGCAUAGAGACCCCAAAACAACAUGAUGAUAUGAUGAAAUUAGGACGACUGGUCUUUUCUGUUUUUCCGUGAUAAAAAUGUAUAAUAAAAUACUAGGAUGUAUUCAGACAAGGGAACCUUUUUUCCUCUUUAGGCCUUUAAGUCAUUUAGAUGCACUGUGAGUUGAUUUGAAUAGUUUGGGGUGUUUCCAUAUCCAUGAAGGCUUUUUGUCUGUGAAAAUUGUUAAGGGUUUUUCUGUUGUGAACGAUAACUUUUUCUUAGUAUUUAAGUUUAAUUCUAUGUUUUAAAUUUUUUAUUUAUACUGUAACAGCACAUCAUCUUAAAUCUAGCAAAACACAAGUUCACUUUGAAAUAAAAUUAAAUUGAAACACAUGCAUAUAGAUGCUGUUGUGCAAAAAUGCCUGUGCUAUCUAACCUGAAAUAGUUAUUUUUGUACGGUAUUCUACUAAUUGACUUACUGUAUAUGUACUUUCAACAAAUCUAUGAUCGAGAACUACAUAUUUUAAUGGCUGGGGAAAUGAUAGUAAUGGUAACAACUCUAGAGCUCUAAGUAUUUUUAUAUGUUGAUUAAUUUCACAGACUUGAUAGAUUCUUUUUUUACAGUUAGGAAGAUUAUUUUUUAAAUUGGAAAGAAAAAGUUUGACUGUCAUGCAGAGAAAUACAAUGUUUGUACUCAUUGACUGGUGCUCAGUGAAUAAAUGUUUUGUUUGUUUUUUAA